UUGCUUUGCUGCCGCUACCAUCGCCAAUCAUGCGGCCGCUCUACCUCUCUUGCUGUUCCUCAUCUUCUCGCUACCUUUCCCCGAUUACAUUUUUCUCUUCUUCUUCUUCCUCCCUUCUCCCCAAACCAAUCCUCCCGACUUUCCGGACCAAUCCCGGAUUCAAAUUCACUCCAUCAAGAUCCCGUCUUUCGAUUCGGAAUUGCAGUUCCAUCUCCGCCAAGCCGUCUUCUGAGCUCCGGCAAAAGAAGGGCUCCUUAGACAGCUCCAAGCCAGAGGACAAGAAGCUCCGAGCUCUUCGCCAGCUCUUCUCCAAGCCCGGGAUUGGAAUCGACGCUUACGUUAUCCCUUCUCAGGAUGCUCACCAGAGUGAAUUCAUUGCCGAGUGUUAUAUGCGGAGAGGGUUUAUCUCUGGGUUUACCGGAAGCGCGGGGAUUGCUGUGGUUACUAAGGAAAAGGCAGCUCUUUGGACCGAUGGCCGUUAUUUUCUCCAGGCUGAGAAGCAGUUGAAUUCUAGUUGGAUUCUGAUGCGGUCCGGGAAUCUUGGAGUUCCAACAGCUAGUGAAUGGUUGAAUGAUGUCUUGGCUCCUGGAUCCAAAGUUGGCAUUGAUCCUUUCCUUUUCUCUUUUGAUGCUGCUGAGGAAUUGAAGGAAGACAUAGCGAGGAAGGAUCACGAACUAGUCUACUUGUAUGAUGUGAACCUUGUGGAUGAGAUAUGGAAAGAAUUGAGGCCAGGUCCUCCAAAUUCGCCUAUCAGGGUGCAUGAACUGAAAUAUGCUGGCGUCGAUGUUGUGUCGAAGUUAUCUUUUCUCAGGUCUCAGCUUGUUGAUGCUGGUUGUUCGGCGAUUGUUGCUUCGAUGCUUGAUGAAAUUGCUUGGCUCCUGAACUUGCGAGGCGGCGAUGUUCCCAAUUCUCCUGUUAUGUAUGCAUAUUUGGUGGUCACGAUGGAUGAUGCCAAAAUGUUUGUUGAUAGUUCAAAAGUCUCUCCAGUGGUCUCAAACCAUUUGAAGAAUGCGGGUGUCGAGUUGAGGCCAUAUGGCUCCAUUCUUUCUGAGAUUGAGAGUUUGGCGUUGAAAGGUACUGAGCUAUGGUUGGAUCCAUCUUCUAUUAAUGCUGCCAUAGUGAAUACCUACAAGGCUGCUGGUGAAAAACACUUGGAAAGCCUUGGAAGUGAGGAUAACAGCAUGAGUAAGAAUCCUAAAGUAUCCAAUGGCUCCAGUGGUCAAUCUUGGGGACCAUGUGGAGUUUAUAGGGCAUCCCCUAUCUCUUUGGCAAAAGCUGUGAAAAAUCCUUGUGAGUUAGAAGGCAUGCGAAAUGCUCACCUGAGAGAUGCAGCUGCCUUAUCACAGUUUUGGACUUGGCUCGAGGAUGAAAUUCACAAGGGUGCAAAGCUAACAGAAGUUGAUGUUUCUGAUAAACUGCUUGAAUUUCGUCAACAACAGGAUGGAUUCAUCGACACUAGCUUUGAUACAAUAAGUGGUUCUGGUGCAAAUGGCGCAAUCAUACACUACAGACCUGAACCAGGGAAUUGUAGCAUUGUGGAUUCAAAGAAGCUCUUUUUAUUAGACAGUGGAGCUCAAUACGUUGAUGGAACCACAGACAUAACAAGGACAGUGCACUUUGGCGAACCAACUGCACAUGAAAAGGAAUGCUUCACCCGGGUUUUACAGGGCCAUAUUGCACUGGAUGAAGCAGUAUUCCCUGCAACUACCGUUGGCUUUGUACUGGAUGCGUUUGCACGUUCCUUUCUAUGGAAAAUCGGCCUUGAUUACCGCCACGGGACGGGACAUGGCGUGGGAGCUGCUCUGAAUGUUCACGAAGGCCCUCAAAGUAUCAGCUUCCGAUAUGGGAACACGACUCCCUUGCAGAAGGGCAUGAUAGUCAGCAACGAGCCUGGAUACUACGAAGAUCAUGCUUUUGGAAUCCGAAUUGAGAAUCUCCUUCAUGUGAAAGAGGCAAACACUAAAUACCGGUUCGGGGGAAUAGGCUAUCUGACUUUUGAGAAACUCACGUUCGUCCCCAUUCAGAAAAAAAUGGUGGAAGUAUCGUUGCUAUCUGAUGCAGAGAUUGAUUGGCUUAACGAUUACCAUUCACAAGUCUGGGAGAAGGUGUCUCCUCUGGUUGAAGGUUCUGCUUCACAAUGGCUUUGGGACAACACGCGACCGCUGGUCCGGCAGUGAUAAGCUCCUCGGCUUCAGAUUCUCCCUUGUAUUGUAUAGAAGGAGAACCUUGCUCCUCAUUUUCUAUUUUGUUGCACAAUAAUAUGGCUUGAUUGAUAUUGGAUUCCGUGGUCCUUCAUAUACCCGGUCUAAUCACGGUUCUGGGAGUUUGUUGGUGGAAACUCGUUUGGACCGAGUUCUUUUCUCAGCCAAGGCAUUGUCUUCCUUCCCCAAUUCUCUUACCACUCAUCUCUCCGAUAUCAGGUCGCUGGCAGCGCCGUCGUUCUAAACCAAAACGUCUUUUUCGUUUUGAUAGCCGCUGGAUUUCUAAUCCGGAAGGAAGCUCGGUUCAUCAUUGAACAUUUUUGGAACUUACCUGUAGUCGGCUCCCCGAUGUACUGUUUGCAUGCCGAACUUAAACUCAGACUCGUAGGACAAAGAAUUUUGUUGCUGCUCUUCGCCAACCCACGGGGUAAGUAGUCACUGAAGAAGAUGAUAAGGGCUUGGAGACGGUUUCUCAUUUCUCCCAUUUAUUUUCAUCUGAAGGGCUGGCCACUAAUAUUGAGGCUGCUGUGGAUGUGUUACCCAUUUCUCCCACUAAAAUUAUAUAUGGAAAAAGCUUAUGAUCGAAUUGAAUGACCUUACCUUUUUUGUUUGAUGAACGCAUUGGGGUUUCAUCCUUAUCUAAUUGGAUUGAUUCGAAAUUGUCUCUCUACCACUUCCAUCUCGGUCCUUCUCAAUGAUAGUUCGUAUGGGUAUUUUCAUCCUUCCCGGGGUCUUCGUCAAUGUGAUCUGUUGUCAUCUUUACUCUUUGCGAUUUGCACGGAAGGAUUUUCGUCUCUUUUGACUCAAUCAGUCUUGGCAACAUUUAUGUCAACCUAAGUCCAAUAGAAGUCUUGGCUUUCAUGAUUUUGAGGCCUUUAACCAAGCUCUCCUUGCCAAACAGUGUUGGCGUAUUUGAACAGACCUGAAUACAUUGGUUGCUAGCGGGCUUAAAGUGCUCGAUUUCCAUCAAACAUCGCUACUCUCAGUGCCGGUGGGCUGCAACACCUCUUGGACGUGGCAAUCUUUAUUGCAUGAUCGGGAUCUCUUAUUGAAAGGGUUACAGUGGGAGGUAGGUUCAGGGAAUUCGAAUGAUGCUAUGACGGAUCCUUGGGUGCCAUCUUUAUCAUCCUUUAAGCCUACUCUGUUGGCCACGACUGGAGGUGCAUCACGUUUUGUUUCUUAUUUUAUCGAUCCUCACCGGGGAACGUGGAACCAAGGAUGUUUACAUGACUUCUUUGAUGCCACUUAUGUUUCCGCUAUUUUUGCGAUUCCUCUUCCUUUCCAUCCUUCCACCGAUCACUAUAUUUGGCAUUAUCAUUCUGAUGUGAUAUCGACUCGCACCAUAUUUAAUUCCCGUGGUCAAAAAAUAAAGAUUCGAGUUAGACGAUUUAAAGAUCAAUUAGGAGCAUUCUUAAUGGAUAAAUGACGCUUGAAACUACUGCCAGGAGCACAACACGUAUGGCAUGAGAAUUUUAUGCAUGGUGUAAUUAGAUGGGUGAUUAAUUAUUCUAUGACUCAUCAUAGCCAUGCCCUCACGUGGAAAGUUUGUCUUCAUGGCAAGCAAGCAGAGUCUCACAAGCUCACGUGGAGGUUCUGUGAAUAGAGGGAAAUUGAUUCCGCAAAUGAAGAGGAGCAUCCACAUCUGUCGUGGAAUUAAUUGUACGGAAGGACAAUUGGCGGACAAAAUUACAAAUCCGCUAAGGAGAAGGACAUGUGGAACGGAGCUCAAUUCCGUGAAGAAGAAGAAGGUUCAUCAUGAAGACCAAGCUGCGACGUGUUGUGCAAGAGGAGUUUUGUUUGUUUAAUUAAUUAUUAUGUUUACU